AUGAACUUUUUGAGUCUCUUUGGUACAAGUGCUAAUAAAACUGCUAAGGUUCCUAAUUUUGAACAGGGAGAAAAUCACGAUUCCGUCGAUUUGCAAGUAAAAUCGUUAUUGUAUGUUUUUAAGAGGUUAAGACUUAACAAGCUUUCUUCGUUUCUAGGAAAAGAUGGUACAACCUAUAGCUUCAAAUAUGUUGACGGUGACAAGCAACUAAAUAGUGACUCUGGAGUUCAUAACUAUUUUCAAAAACUAGAUGCAAUGUAUAAUGUCAAAAAAUUCAAGCAGGUAAUGAUUAAUGAUGAAUACAGAGUCAUGAUUGAUUUUACUAAAAACAAAUUCAGAUCGUUUUGCAUCCUCUCCGAAUAUCCUAGUAAGGGUACAUUAUCCUCUCAGGGAAUAGGUAAUGGUGAAUUCCCUAACUUUAAGGACUAUAAAGAUAGAGACGUAAAACAUUUCAGAUUCUCUAUUAUACCUUUACAAGAUACUUCAAUUGCAUUCAUUGCUAAUACAUUAUCAACAUCAGAUAUAUAUGUUGAACAUCAUAACAAGAUUGAUUUUAAUUGUCGUUAUCAGUAUGCCAUGGAUUCAAUUAACAAAGUUCUUGAUAUGGAAAGAAGCAUGUCUGAUAUAGAUUCCUCCAUAUCUAUUACAGAUGCGGAAAAGGCGAGCAUAAUUCAAUAUUAUUUAAAGAGGGUGGCAUUUUUUAUCCAAUUGAAUCGCAUAUAUGUAGAAUAUUUAAAACAUCAUGCAACGAAGGGUUCCCCAACUAAAGUGUCCGCUCCUAUAUCACCAUCUAAAUCAGUUUCAAGUUUACUGCAGUCAUACGGGUCAUCCAAUUCUAAGCUUACGAAUUCAAUGUCAAAUCUAUCAUUAGCACCAUCCCCUCCCAAACUAUCACCAAGGAAAUCGAUGGCUGACCUUAAUAAGAGCAGAUCACCUUCACCGACAAGAACAUUGAAGAGUAAGCCAUCAGUAGCGAGAAUGAGAAUGGAUGAAUUAUUCAAUAACCCUAUAAGUACUACUCCAACCAAAGCUCCCAAGUUGACUAAUAAGGCUAUUGAUUCUUCUAAAUCCGAUACAAGUUCAACAACAUUUAACGAUGAUAUUGCUAUAAUUUCUUCGAAAAAACUACCCGAAGUCGCUACAGAGAUAAAGUUGGAUGUCUGGGAGAAGUGUAAAUUAGCCGUAAAGGACAAAUUAGAACAAGAGAGAAAGAAAUUGUCUAGCAUAUCUUCAAACAAUUCGCUUCAUGAAUAA